UCUCAUUCCUGUUUUUGUACAGCCGAAUGUUUUAUUGGGUUCUGUUUUGCAGGAUAUUUAACAGUCUUCCCCUCGCCUCCCUCGGCUGCAGUGAUGAACAUUUCAACAACUGAAGCGGAGACGUAUAUAGGGUUGGACCCCUACCAUAAUGACAGUGCACUCUUUACAAAGUGCAGAGACCUGAGGUGGAGGCACUCAGCGGACAUGAUGGUCGGGGUAUUCUACCUGGUCAUCUCUAUUGUGGGCAUCAGUGAGAACUUAUACGUCUUCUAUCAGAUGGUACAGACUGUGAAGUUCCGCAUAAAUCAGGCCAGAUGCUCUUUCUUCAUAUUCGUUGGCAACCUGGCAAUCGGAGACAUCCUUAUAUUGACACUGCCAAUAUGGUUUACGAUACACGGUCUUUUCAACGACAGAACUAUUACAAAAGAACCUGGAGAUGCGUUAAUAGUGAUGACAGUAUUUAUACACAGCUGCUGUGCACGCAGUUCCAUCAUAUUCGUCAUGUUCAUAGCAGUGUUCAGGGUUAUAUCUGUGAAAUACCCUCUUCACAUUAGCAAGGUAUUUUCGAUAGUAAGAUCGAUUAUAGUGGCGUUCUUAUCUUGGGUGCUUGUCGUGGUCUUGUCUAUCUAUUCUUUUGACGGAACUACCAAAAAUGCUCUUUACAGUCGAUCAUCUGCUCUUUGCAUGGUUAUGUUAAGAGAGAAAGAUAAUGAGUCUAUGUCCGUAGCAGGACAGAUUUUAGCGCCCUUCUUAGUUCCCGGUAUAUUGACUUUCCUGGCUUUAAUCUAUUUGCUUAUUUUCCUUUUGAGGGUGUAUAACAGAAAGAUGACAAAACUAAGAAACAACGAUUCAUCAUACAGACCAGCAAGAGAGCGGGAUUCCUUGAUAAUGACAGUGAAACUGACAGUUUGCUUUGUGGCCUUCUAUACUCCAUGGUACAUUGAUGGAAUACUGGAGUUCAACAACACUUCAAGUGACCGAGCACAGAAGACCACCAUGUUUAAAAUCCACAACACUCUUACCUACACAACUUGUUUUGGCGGGUAUUUUUGGCACAAUCUAUGUCUGGGAGGGUUUUUAUUCAUUGGAUCAGCAGCGAAUCCGUUUCUUUACGGAAGGACACUAGUUCACACAUCGCAGCAGCUAGUUCAUCGUGGUCUGGUGCAAACACUGUACACAGUUGUUACAGUGCACUACAGAAGGUUGAGAGGAGUGGUUGAAGAUGAAGAUGAUCUUGAACAACAAGGUGUGGAAGUUAUAUCAUCUGCCAAUAACAGCCAGAUCAUGCUGCAGCAAAGAUCAAAAUCUCAACGGCACCACCCGCAGCACCAUACGCAGCACCAUGCACAGCACCUCCCGCAGCACCACCCACAGCCCUACCCACAGCCCUACCCACAACACCACCCACAACAGGCCUAUUCUGAAAAAGACAGCACUGAGUCCCAAGAGCUCAGCAAGCACUCACUCCUUAGUGACCAUCAGUCAGGAUCCACGGCCCAACUGGUAGCAAAGUCAGAAACAAAGAAGAAGGAGCUCUCAAGGCGGUCAUUAAAAUCAUCAGCUCAUCGGGUGGAACACAGAGAACGAACUGACAAAACAACUAAGGUACGGGUUAAAUACAGCAGCACGCGAGAGAAACGGGUUUAAGAUAGUUUACUCUUUGAACUAAUUCCCCUUAGACAAUCUUGGGUCCUAUUGUUAUGAUUUGAAGGACUAUUAUCAGAAUAUGAAUAUAACAUGGUUGAGGGUUUGAGUUUCAAAGAUCAAACAAUGCUGUAACCCCUCAAGAAGUAAUAUGUUCAGUCAAGACAUGAUAAGUAUCUGUACAGACAGAAAUUAAAAUCUUCAAAUUGCAUGUGUGGGAAGACUUAUUGACUAUUUGAUAAUUUCUUUAUUUCAUGUAGGUAUUUCCUUUUUAUUCGUGGUUUUUUUAGUGACUUUAUGUAUCAUUCUGUAACAUGCUGUACAAGGAGAUUAGAACCAUAAUUAAUUUUGGCAGGUAUUUUUUUGAGACUUAAUUUAUCAAUUUUGUUUUAAAA